AGCUGAUCUCGUGUUGGUUGGCAAUCCGCAGAGUUGUCGACCGUGGUGCUGGCACCGAUCGAUUCGGACUUUCGCGAGGAUGCGAAGACGCAGCGUCACUUUCCCUUUGUGCGUAGUGGUAUCGUGUACGGUGUCGUUCCCUGUCAGCGAGGCACGUUCCCGACCCCGUUCGUGUGCGUUGGCGUGUCCACCCCCGCAACAAUUGCGCAAUCUGAUUGACGCCGAGCUCGAUGGCACACGCCCCGACAGUGCCCAUUCGCCUAUUCUACUGCCGUGCUGUUACGACGGCUUGACGGCCCGUCUGGUAGCCCGUGCGGGCUUUCCAGCCACCUUUCUGACGGGCUUUGGCGUGUCCGCCGUGCACGGCUACCCCGACACGCAGCUCGUGUCCUACCAAGAGAUGCAGACCACCGCCACCACGGUAGCGGAAGGCUUGUCCCGCGCCGCCCGGGAAUUGGGCACCGCCGCGCCGAUUCCUUGCAUUGCCGACGGCGACACGGGCUACGGCAACGCCUUGAACGUCCAGCGCACCGUGUGGGGGUACGCCCGGGCGGGCAUGGCGGGGAUCAUGCUCGAGGACCAGGUAUCCCCGAAACGGUGCGGUCACGUGGCGGGCAAGAGCGUGCUGGGGGUCGCCGCGGCGGUGGCCAAGGUGCGGGCGGCGUGCGACGCUCGGGACGCGUACGGCGCGCAGUACGGUGCCGGUAGUGGGCCGUUGAUUCUGGCGCGGACGGACGCGCUGGCCACGGACGGAUUCGAGGCGGCGGUGGAACGGUGUUUGGCGUUCCGGGAAGCUGGUGCCGAUAUGACGUUCUUGGAAGCGCCCGAAUCAAUCGAGCAAAUGGCAGAGUAUUGCCGGCGUGUGGACGGACCGAAAUUGGCGAAUAUGUUGGAGCAAGGAUCGACGCCGAUUCUGUCGCCGGCGGAAUUGAAGCAAAUGGGGUACACGUUCGCCGCAUAUCCACUAACGCUGCUGUCGUCGUCGAUCCGGGCCAUGCAAGAAGCUCUACUAUCGAUACAACAAGGGAAACCUACGGACGAUUUGAUUUGCUCGUUUGGGGAAACCAAGGAUGUGGUGGGCUUUAGUCAGUACGCCCAGGAGGAAGAGCGGUAUCGUGUCGAUUGA